AUGACCCGCCAAUCUUCGGCGAGCUUCGCGCAGUUCUUCCCUGCAGCCCCCCGCGUCGCUAAGGACAGAGCCGAACGAGAGAAAGCAAAGGCCAAGACGCAAGAUACGACAAGUAGCUUGCUCACCGGUCCGAAGAGCAGCAGCACCCCUUUGCCCAACGGCACGAGUGGCAUAAGAACAUCCGGAGCUGAUGGCCUACUUUCCGACAAUUCGCAACAGCCAACCGAGGGCCGCGAGUCGCCCUUAGGAGAUAUUCUCAACACCGUUGGUUCUGCGAGUUCCUAUGAGAGCACUGGCUCCUCCGUCUUCAGCACGACUGCGCGGCAGGCUGUUCCCAACGGCGUAUCUCAUAUUCCUAUAUCCAGCGGCACGCCGCUUACCUCCGUUGAAUCACCCUCAUACUUGGGCAAUGCUGGCCUGCCGAAGACGAAUAUGCUACAAGGACAUAACAUCGAUCGGGGUGAGGCAUCGGUCUCUCGCAAUACCCCAGCAGCCCGCCUGAACAGCUCACACCCAGAGCCAUCUCCUCCGAUUGAGCGCACUCCUGCGCGAGAUCCCACUCGAUCGCGAAAAGGCCUCAAGUGCACAUAUGAUCCCAAUAUCGACCGGACCCUGUCGAAGCACGGCAAGAGAGAUGCCAAGCCGAUAUAUAAGGAGUUUGGAUUGGAAGAUGACGCACCCCCUCCAGAUCCUCGCCUUGCAAAGGGCGGGCGACUGGGGUACAUCAAUACCGAUUUCCACCUCCCCAAGUCUCGCUUGCGACAAUCGCCCUAUAACUUGAGGCCGUACCCCUACGACCCAAAGACCUCCAUCGGGCCAGGGCCGCCAACACAGAUUGUGGUCACUGGCUUCAAUCCCUUAAUUACGUUUUCCAAGGUGACGGCGGCCUUUGCGACCUUUGGCGACAUCGCAGAGAGCAGCAACAAGAUGCAUCCUGAGACCGGUAGCUACCUAGGAUUCGCAACAUUCCGAUACAAGGAUGCGCAUCCCAGCCGGUCGAGGCCCGCCCCCAUCAAGGCGAUUGAUGCUGCGCGUCGGGCUGUCAAGUCGAUGCAUGGGCAGCGCAUCGAGGCGAACCAAAUCCGAGUCGAAUACGAUCCCGAAGGCAAGAAGAGUCGCCAAAUGCUAGAGGAUGCACUCAAGAAAGACCGAGUCGUGCAGGACGCCUCCGUCGCGAAGGCACCACCGACAGGCCCUCGAGCGAUCGUGUCUGAUAAGGUCCCUGGACCACCACCCAUGGCACCAAAGGGCCCGUCUUCCCACAGACAGGCCGUGGCAGGUGUUCCGGCUUGGGUCCCAAGCCAACCGAAGAUGCACGUCGCAGUCGAGGAGAAGGUCAUCGCAAAGCAGCUCGCAGGCGAGCCCUACAUCUUCGUCGCCCAUGAACAUGUUCCCGUCAUGGUCACGACGAUCCCCCACAUGAAGAAGCGGCUUAAAGCGUUCGCUUUUGAGGACAUUCGCAUUGACCGGACUGGCUACUACAUCUUGUUCCCCAAUUCGUACCAUGGCCGCAACGAAGCGAUGAAGUGCUACAGGGCUGCUAACCAUACUGAUCUGUUCACCUACAACAUGGUGAUGCAACUCUCCCUCCCGCCUACAACAAGCCGAGACUCCGAGUCUGCAGCCCCGCCGCCCCGACGACGGACCCCAAGCCCCGAACGGAAGCGCCGAAGCGAUUUGCGACUAAGAGAGGAUAAAGACCGUCGUCGCCGUGAAGAAGAGGCAGACAUUGAAGAAGAGAAGCGGCAAAGAGCUAAAAACUUUGACCCUGUGCUCGAAGCCUGCGAAGUGGUCACCCGGGAACUGGCGGAGCAUCUGAUCAAGCAUAUCCGCACGAGGGUUGCUGCUCCUACUCUGACCACCUUCCUGGACCCAUCAAAUCACGUCACGAAGCGACGGCAGCUGCAUAUGGAAGACCCAGUCGGGUCUGUCCCGUCUGUUACCGUCGAUGCUGGCGAUGAGAGUCCCGGUGUUAGCACGCCCAACUCAGGUGCAGAUCCCAUUGAGCGUCGUACGGGUCGCCUGGAGAUAUCGGCCCUGCCUCGUAUUCGUAAGGCCAAGGCCACUGCUCAAGGGGCGUCGCGCAACCACGGCUUCACCGAUCCCUUCUCCCGCAAGCGAGUGCCUCAAGGCCGCAGUGCGUUCCGGUCACUCCAUCAUCGCCUCAAGAGCUACGACAGCGAUGCUGAAUCCGACGACGAGGCUGUGAUUCGAGAGUCCCUGGCCAGAGAUACUGAGGAGCCCGACUCCAGGCCGCGUAGCCGCAUGAGCACGGAUGAAGACGUCAAGGAUGACUUUGCCUCUUGGGGUCCCGCAGAGGAAGAUUCCAUGACUGAGGCAAGCUUCGCCGUUGGCGACAACUUGACAUCGACGAAAAAGAGAAAACUAGAUCUCGAGGUUCAGUCGGCAAUCAAGCGCCAGAAGAAGUCCGAUGAGGAGCUCUUCGGAGUUACACUAGACAACGUCGAACCCGAGUUGCUGGUUCACGAGAUCUCGGAAGAGGCUACCCCUGACAUUGAUCUGCUCGAUGCGCAGAGCACUCGAUCCGAGACUCCGCUGUCAACCGCCAAGGGUGCAGCCAAGAAACUGAAGUCGAAGAAGAAAUCGAAGAAACAACUCUUUGAGGAACGGGAGGCCCUCAAGAAGCAGCAAAUCCCGACGCCGAUGGAAGUGGAAGUGGAGGAGGGGACCGCCCCGACCAAACCUUUGCCAGAAGAGGUCGAGCCGGUGCCGGUAGAGACCAAGGAAGAAGAGUCAGAGCCGCAGCCAACGAAGGCAGAUCCGGCCUUAUUCUCGACCACACCCACUACCGCCCUCGAUCUAUCCAGGGAUUUCAAACUGAGCAUUUCUGCGUUACAAGAACUCUCGUUGUCCGCAUGUGACAGCCCUGACGUUACUAGACUCCGCAAGAGAUUCGCUGGAACAGACCUCGGAGACCCGCUUCUCUGGUUAUGGCGGCGUAAUCGUGUACGCGAGCUGAACUCCCCGUCUGGCUCGGUCGACCAGGCCGUGGGCAUUGAUGGCUACUACGUCCCGAACUCUACUGGGGCUGCACGAACCGAGGGAGUCAAGAAGAUCCUCAACGCCGAAAAGUCCAAGUACUUGCCUCACCACAUCAAGGUCCAGAAGGCCAGAGAGGCACGUCAAGCCAAGUACCAGAGAGACGGCAAAGACGCUGCAGUCGAGGCCAGCAGGCUCACUGUAGCAGAAAAGGCUGUUGCAAAGGGUAACUCGAGAGCCAACCGCGCCAACAACCGUCGCCACGUGUCGGCGCUCCAGGAUGAGAAGAAGAUAUCUGGCGACUCUGACGCCUUCAAGUUCAACCAGCUUAAGAAGCGGAAGAAGCCUGUCAAGUUUGCCCGAUCCGCAAUCCACAACUGGGGUCUGUACACGGAGGAAAACAUCAACAAGGACGACAUGAUCAUCGAGUACGUCGGAGAGCAGGUCAGACAAUCCAUCUCAGAAAUCCGCGAGAAGCGCUACCUCAAGAGCGGUAUGGGCAGCAGUUACUUGUUCCGUAUCGACGACAACACGGUCAUCGACGCCACCAAGAAGGGCGGUAUUGCUCGCUUCAUCAACCAUAGCUGUAUGCCCAAUUGUACAGCCAAGAUCAUCAAGGUCGACGGUAGCAAGCGAAUCGUCAUCUACGCCCUUCGCGACAUUGGCCAACACGAGGAGUUGACUUAUGACUACAAAUUCGAGCGUGAAAUUGGCAGCUUGGACCGUAUUCCCUGCCUGUGUGGUACGGCAGCGUGUAAGGGAUUCCUCAACUAA